AUGGCUCAAAUGGUUGUUGUUCACAGCAUUUCACACAGAGAUGUUGAUAAUAUUCUCUCCAUCUUUGGUUAUGAAGAUGGGUCCCCGAUGCAGAUCGCACUACAAGCAUUGCUCUCGGAAGACCUCUGCUUCUAUAGAAGAGUACAAGAAGUUGGUAGCUGGGGUUGUGCGAUCAGUGGAGAGCAGAGAUACUUCAUUUGUUCUGCUCUUGUUGCCUUGAGAGAUGGAAGCAUUACGCCAGGUUCAAAUUUUGUGGAUUUAUGGGAUGGGUUAAACAUAAGCAUAUCAAGUAAGAUUGUCCCUGUCCCUGAGCCAACUGUUGAUUACGUUAAGUUCCAGUUUAACGAAUAA